AAUCAUUAGAAAGUCACUCCAAUCGGGCCUAAAUACGGGUAUCCAGAUGAUUCCGGGUUCAAAUCAAUUUUGAGGUCCGAUCUUAUCAUCGCUCUCUACUCUGCGAUCACUGUUGUGACUGAUCAGAGAGCGAGAGAGGGGGGUCUAUCAAAAUCUUUGGAAAAUGGGUGAUGCUCUCUUUGAACUUGAACAGAUUCUCCGAUCCAAGCAGGUAAAAUUUACGAGUCAAGAAGCAAAUGUUCUUAUGAUGUGCAAAUCUAAUGCUAUUAAGGAUUUUACAAUUGGGGCUGCUGGUGGUGGUGGUGUCACUUGGUUAGGUUACACCAUUCUCCACAUUGGACUUGGCCAUCUUAUCUCUUCAAUUCACGCAACUAGAAGGCUAAAUAAUUUAUUUCGCAUCAACCUUUCAGCAGGAACUGCUGUUGCUUUUGGCUUGUGGAGAUUUGGUAGGUCGCUAGAUUCUUGCAUUGGACAUAUACUUACCCUUGAAGGAAGUAGGAUGCAGAAGGAGUUAGCAAAUAUAAUAUUAAAAAGAUAUCAGAAUGAUCCAAGGACCAUGCAGCUUGUCUCAAAGCAUUUCUACUCAGAGAAAGUUUUUGAUGAUUCAUCCACGGAUCAGCCAAAGAUAAGGUGGCGUUAUCGGAAUUUCUUUGGUGAUAAUGUUGCCAAUUCUCAGAGGACACAUGGCAGUGACUCCUGCAGUGACAAAACUGAUUCGGAGAAAACUGAUAUGGAGAAUACUGACGAGCCCAAGCGCUUUUCUAGGAGUUCUAGUGCAGAUGCAAUCACAAACCCGCUUGAUUGUGUUUUUGGAAUUCCGGCAAGCACUGAGGAAAUUCAUCAUACCAAUACUUCAGGCACAUCUCCCAAAAGGCAUGGCCGUGGCCACAAGAGAUCUCACCGCAGGCAUCGAAUGCACCGUCAUGAAGUAUCGCCAAAUUUCCAACUUUCUUGACAUUUUAAAUUGGCUGACAGAGGCUUAUUGUGAGUUUAUCAUACAACCCUUUGGAGCAAGUACGAGUAGUAUUCUGAGGAUAUGCAAUUAUAUAUAUUUUCAGGUACUUCAUUAUGUUGAGCAUUUUAAUAAAUUUUUGUUAUUGUUAAUUUUGUUGUUGUUAUUGUUACUGUUA